AUGUUGUCUUCUACCGAGUGCAUCACCUGGCUGGUUCUAUUCCUAACCGAGUCUGUUGCUAUAGUGACAGUGAACCUUUUUACCAUCGUCAUUUUUAUAAAGAACAACAAUCUUCGCACUCGUACAUUGUACCUGGUUAUACAUUUGACCGUGGCUGACCUGUUUGUUGGAGUAUUUUCCGGAAGUGUUGCACAAGUCCAUUCUCUGAUGGCUUGUAACUUCGUACAAAUCGAUUAUUCUUCGCAAGUACAAAGUUUACUUUUAGCUGGCAGUUAUUUCUUCCCUCUCGUCUCCCUGACAAACAUUGCUGUGAUUUCUUUAGAGCGAUUUCACGCCACUUUCUUUCCAUUUAGACAUCGUGUCACCAAAACAUGGGUCUACUUCUUAGCAAUUGCUGCUAUCUGGGUUUUACCUGGUAUUGUACAAGCGAUUCUCCAAUUACCAAUCUACCUGGUCUCAGUAUUAUUUUUCGUUUCCAAUAUAUUGUUGUUUCUGUCUCUUUAG